AUGUACUCGUCCUCCGAGGAGCCGUGGAACUCCACCGAGCGCGGCUGGCUCAACGCGUCCGAGGGGAACUACUCCCUGGGACGACGGGGCGCCGAGGAGGAGGACGAGGACGAGGACCGGCACCCGUUCCUCACCGACGCCUGGCUGGUGCCCCUCUUCUUCUCCCUCAUCAUGCUGGUGGGACUGGUGGGAAACUCUCUGGUCAUUUACGUCAUCUCCAAACACAGGCAGAUGAGGACCGCCACCAACUUCUACAUCGCGAACCUCGCUGCCACAGACAUCAUCUUCCUGGUGUGCUGCGUCCCCUUCACCGCCACCCUCUACCCGCUCCCCGGGUGGAUCUUCGGCAACUUCAUGUGCAAGUUUGUCGCUUUUCUGCAGCAGGUGACCGUACAAGCCACCUGCAUCACCCUGACCGCCAUGAGCGGCGACCGCUGCUACGUGACGGUCUACCCGCUCAAGUCUCUGCGCCACCGCACGCCCAAGGUCGCCAUGAUCGUCAGCGUCUGCAUUUGGAUCGGCUCCUUCAUCCUGUCCACGCCGAUCCUGAUGUACCAGCGGAUCGAGGAGGGCUACUGGUACGGCCCGCGGCAGUACUGCAUGGAGAGGUUUCCCUCCAAGACGCAUGAGAGGGCCUUCAUCCUCUACCAGUUCAUCGCUGCGUACCUGCUGCCCGUGCUCACCAUCUCCUUCUGCUACACGCUCAUGGUGAAGAGGGUGGGCCAGCCCACCGUGGAGCCCGUAGACAACAACUAUCAGGUCAACCUCCUGUCAGAGAGAACCAUCAGCAUCCGAAGCAAAGUCUCCAAGAUGGUGGUGGUGAUCGUCCUGCUCUUCGCCAUCUGCUGGGGACCCAUCCAGAUCUUCGUCCUCUUCCAGUCCUUCUACCCAAACUACCGGCCGAACUACGCCACGUACAAGAUCAAGACGUGGGCCAACUGCAUGUCGUACGCCAACUCCUCCGUCAACCCCAUCGUGUACGGGUUCAUGGGGGCCAGCUUCCAGAAGUCCUUCAGGAAGACCUUCCCUUUCCUCUUCAAACACAAGGUCCGGGACAGCAGCAUGGCCUCCAGGACCGCCAACGCCGAGAUCAAGUUCGUGGCCGCGGAGGAAGGCAACAACAACAAUAAUGCAGCAAAUUGAUUCCGACCUUUCACAGUCGCAGUGAAAGGAGUUAUUAAUUCCACCCAGAGCUGUGAGAAAAUCUG